AUGGAAAUCGUCCCCGACAAGGAACUUCUCCAAGCCGCUCUGUGCUUCUGGCUGCCUAUCUCCCCAUGGAGCGCGGAGGAGGACGCCGAUCUCCGUCAGACCUGGGGGUCGUUUGUGCUUGCCCGCGACCUCCCUCUCGGCUGCGAUGGGAAACGGUCAGGAUGGGAAGUAUAUCAUCCGAACUUCCUCGCCCGACAACUCGGCUACCUUCAAGGCUGCCCUAUCCCCCUUCUCUCCUCCCGAACGGUCCUAAGCCGUGGACGCGAACCUCGUUCCUCUGAGAAGGAAUGUAGAACCGCCGUGAAGGAGUUCCAAGAGCGCUGCCAAAAAUUCCGCCUUCGACCAGCCACCCCGGAAACCCAAUGCACCGACACCUUUGGUGAGUGGUGGGAGAAAUACACCCAGGAAUUCUUUGGUGCGCCGGUCGAAGACGUGCUUAGCAGACUCUUCAGUGACCGGCCUAAGAAGGCCUCGGCCCCUCAUCCUCAAGGUAGUCGGCCUUUGAGAAAGACGGAGGCAGUUGCCGCUGCCACGACCGGGAAAAAAUCGGUCGUGGCCCAAAAGGACAAACCCGCUGGUAGGGCCGUGCUGAUCAAACGGCCUCGCCAAGAGGCCGAGCCGGCUGUCGAGCCUUCCCCGCCAGCCAAGCGGGUCAAACAAAUGGCGAAGAAGGGUGCCCGGGAGAUCCACGUUAUCUCCAGUCACACGACGACUCCCAGUGCUUCUUCUUCCGCCGCCGGCCAUUCUGGGGUCGAGAAACAACCGGCCUCGGCCGCAGAGACGACCCCAGCGCGGCCUGCCUCUGUGGCCGGCGCAUCAGUUGUACCUCCCUCUGUCGAGAAGGCACCUGUCCCACAACAGGCGGUUUCUACGACCGAGGGAACCUCUCCCAAGAAUCCAAAGCCCUCGGUCCUUGUGUUGGACGAGAGCGAGGGGAGCGACGAGGUCCCGCUGGCGCACCGUCCUCAUACUCGUCGACAACCUCCUCCAAUACCCGAGAUGGCGGUUCAAACCGGCCCCUCCCCGGCUAAUCGUGGCAAGCGCACGGUCGAGGAACCGAUCCCGGUGCCCGAGAUGGCGGUUCAAACCGGCCCCUCCCCGGCUAAUCGUGGCAAGCGCCCGGUCGAGGAACCGAUCCCGGUGGCCGAACCUCUCGUUCCUUCUCAGGACCAGGGCGUCCCUGCCUCCUCUGUAGCAGCUGCGCCAGUCGGCCCAUCGGUAGCCGACCGGGGCAAACGGCUGCUCGAGGAACCCGAGGCUACGGCAGAAUCGCCGGUCCAUCCCCAAGACCAAAGCUUCCAUAUUCCUCCACAGGAGGUUACCUCGGCCUUUGCUUCAUGGGAGGUUGAAUUCAAAGCCCUCCUCUCCAGCACGAUUGCAGAGUUCGGCCCUUCGGCCGCUCCGACUGAUGCUGCCGAUCCAAGUGCCCUAACCCAGCUGCGAGAAGUCCUAGCGCGCUCUCAUCAUCGCAAGUUCUUGAGCGCAACGGUCUCGAUUUGCUCGGCGUGUGUCUGA